GAACUUCUUUAGAGCUUAUCUCAAUCAAAUAAACAGUCAUCACAUUGCUCUCGGCGCACAACAGUUACCCGGGUCUGUAAGGUGUGGCGCUAGGACCCAUAGCCGAUUUCUUCACCAGUGCGCUACUAUUGCCAACGAUCGUGCACUUCUUUAAUAACUCCCUUGGUUCAUAGUCUGCACGUGUCUGUCAUCCAAAGUGGAUAUGGCUGCGAACCGGGUCGGGAGGAGAUGUAACAACAAGGUCCAUUCCCCGAGUAGGGGUCCAGGUAGGGACCCGGGGCUUAGCUUGCAGAAGAGGCAAGCACGGGUCACGGUAAAGUACAACAGAAAGGAGCUCCAAAGACGCUUGGAUGUGGAGAAGUGGAUUGACUGUAGUCUGGACGAGCUCUAUGUGGGCAGGGAGGAGGAGAUGCCGGAGGAGGUGAACAUCGACGAGCUGUUAGACCUGAAGAGUGACGAGGAGAGAACUCACAGGCUCCAGGAAAUGUUUAACACCUGCAAUAACACAGAGGUUUUCAUCAAGGAGCUGGUGUUGAAACUCCACGGUCUGCAGAAACAGGAGGACCUCCACAACGAUGGCAUCGAACAACCCCAGCUACACAUCUUCCCCAACCGGCAAGAUUCUGCAGACCGAGAGGUGAUCUGAAGGCCCUGUUAUGUUACCCUUCAAACCCAGCACCCCAUUCCCCAGCCCGAUGUCAUGGACCUUACCUGAAAAACAUGCAUAACAUUGAGUCUUGCGGGUCUAUACACUUUGCGCUACACACUGUCAAAUACACAGAUCUGACCACUUAUCAGAAACAUUGCAGACACCUUAUCUUCUGUCCACAGACACACACACACACACACACACACCACAAUGCACAGGCAGUCCCUGCAACAUUUGGACCUCUCCAAUGUCAUAUGAAUUAUGUUUUAUUUUUGUCAACUUAUAAAGUGUCCGAAUUGUGUGAAACAGGCUGCUUCUCUGUUGGGUCGCUACUGCUACUUGUGUUCUGUGUUUCCUCAAAUUAUUUUGCUGUUCUCUCUUAUUUUCCAGUCCAUUGCAUGAUGCUUUUGUUGGAAAGCCCAUGAAGGUGUCAAACUGUUGGUCUGUGUCUUAUGUUGUGAGAUGCACCUCUAAUUCUGUUUAGCUCAUAAACCAUACGCAGAGUCCAGCAACAUACUGUAGGUACCAGUGUCAGUCUGAAGGUAAGAAAGAUCACUAGGCUUUCAUAUAUCCCAAUGGGUUAGUCGAUUGUGCCUAGCUACAAGCAGGCCUACCAUAUUUUCAAACUGUAUCCAGCAACAUGAGACAAUAGUUCAUGUGGUCAAGUCAACUCUCUCUCUCUCUCUCUCUCUCUCUCUCUCUCUCUCAUAUAUAUAUAUAUAUAUAUAAGGGGAGAAAUAUUGUGUUGUGAUAUUCCCAAUGAGAUAAUGACCAUAUACAUAAAGCUACAAAGGAUAUUUUUCAUGAAGACCAAGCAGUAUUGCUUGGCAGGUUGUGAACUGUCACUCACAAAGUGCGUUUAGGCUAGCUAUUAAGGAAAAUGUACAAUGACAUUUAAAGCUGUCAGCAAUACCAGGUCCUUUAUUUCUUACCCAAGUGUUUGUAUAUCUAUAGAUGGAAUGCUGAGGAUUUUUCAGUCAGCUAAAGGAUAGUACCCCAACUGCUUCACUGUUGCCCAUCAGGUACACAAUGUUUCGUUUUGCAUCAUUUUCAACACGGUUUGUAAAUGUGUAGUUCUCUGGCUGGUUGUAUUGUUUGUAUAUUGGUUUGAAUACAUUUUAAAUGCAGCUUUUCCAAGAGUAACUUUAAAUCUUUAGGAUUCAUACAGUAUAGUGUUUUCUAGAUUAGAGGCUGUAUUUACGUAUUACCGCAAGGUAUUGUUGGCCAAUGUGUUUAUUUAUUGAAUUGUUUUAUUUUUUAGAUGUGAUUUAUGGAUAAACAGCGCCCUCUCCUGG